AUGGGGUGGACCCGUCCCUGCAGUCCAGUGUCCUCUGCUUCGUGGAGGACCCCGAGUUUGGCUACAAGGUCCCCCCCCCUGCCGGGCAUGUGGCCCCCACAUUUUCCCAUCAAGUCCCAUCCCCAACAACCUUUCUCUGGCAGGAUUACACCUGGGAGGACCACGGCUACUCGCUGAUCAACCGCCUCUACCCGGAGGUGGGGCAGCUCCUGGAUGAGAAGUUCCAGGUGGUCUACAACCUGACCUACAAGACCAUGGCCAUGCACUGCGGCGUGGACACCUCGGUGCUGCGCAGGGCCAUCUGGAACUAUGUCCACUGUGUCUUUGGCAUCCGCUAUGAUGACUAUGACUAUGGGGAGGUGAACCAGCUCCUGGAGCGCAGCUUGAAGAUCUACAUCAAGACGGUGGCUUGCUACCCGGAGAAGACAACCAAGCGGACGUACACGCAGUUCUGGAGACACUUCAAGCACUCAGAGAAGGUACACGUCAACCUGCUGCUGCUGGAGGCUCGGAUGCAGGCGGCUCUGCUCUACGCCCUGCGAGCUGUCACCCGCUACAUGACCUGA